UAGUAGUGCUACUAGGCCUAGUAGUGGGCCCCGCUGUAUAAGGCUAGUUUUUAAGUGUUUUUUUUCAACCUGAAUUUGGCCUACCGAGGCCUAGAGCCUAGUUCACUUUUAGACGGGAACCCUGGCUGCCCAGCCCCUUUACUGCCACCAGUAACUCCGGUGUAGAUGACUCUAAAUUUACUUUAGCAUAAUUUAAAAUUUGUAUUGAUUGCAGAAAAAUGUGGAGCAGAUUGUGUUUGUUUUCAAGAAGUACACCAUGGUACUGUCUAAGCGCUGGCCUAUUCACCACAGGACAAUCUAAACAGGAAGCUAAGGUCAAUGAGGUCAUGCCCAAUAGCUCCAAAGCCAAAAUGUAUUUACAGGAUAUUUCUUCAGAUUUGUCUCACAGUCAGCUGAUCAAAAAUGCAUCGAGUACGACUGUCGACGCAGCAUCUAUGCUUUUGUCACAGUCUGCAGUAGCAAUCAUUGCAGUAUAUGAUAGCUAUACGAAGUCGAUCAACGAUCUUGUAGAGUUGUUGAAGCUACAUGCCGAGUGCCUUGGAGAUGAAUCCGCAGAGGAUGACCUUUGGCAGGUGAUAAUCCAAGCAAGAGUAGAAGUCGAUGAGAAGGUGAAGGCAGUGCAGGAACUCACUGGCCUUCUAAACACCUCCAGAAAGGUGUUGGAGAAUGCAGCGGAGGUCGCGUACCUUGCAGGAUGCGAGUAUUCUGCUAUUACUGCAAACGAGAAAUUACAUACAACACACGUACUCGUGGAAAAUGCACGACUAUCAUCUCAGAAAAUGGAGAGCGAAUUGGCGCAAGCUCAACAGCAUGAUAUUGAAGAUGUUAUGAACCUUGAGGAUUCUAAAAAUAAAGAAAAUUCCAAAGAUCAGGAAGGCUAAUGAUAGCAGACAAUACAAAAUCUAUGGGCAAGUUGAGAUGCCGGGCGGUAGGGCUGGGGCACCGCUAACUACAGCCAUAACAUCGGCGCUCGUUUGGACCGCUCUUCGUCCAGGCUUUGGUUGGUAGAACCAAGUCUUCUCAGAUAUGGACUUAAAAAUGGAGUUCCAGCGUACACUUCUGGUGUGUGUAUGUGCGCUUUAAAGAACCCAUUGUAUCUUUCGAAAGAGUAGGGGGUUACCUUGAUGCUAUGGUCCAUUUCAGCCCCUGUCGUUGUGGAAUUAUGUGAACAUGUAGCUGCUAUAAGUGCAUCUUUACGGCGGCUACGUAGGUAGUUACGGACCACGUCCAUACACAAUUUAGCCCAAUGACGCUGCGAGUUAUGGGUUAUUCUCCCACAUUUUUGUUCAACUGUAAUGGAAGGAAUUUUUAGAAAAUAUAUAAAGGACCAUUUAUGGCUAAUGAAACAAAACAUAAAUAAGGCUAAUGAACAAAAUUAAUAGUCGGCAACGUUUAAUGAGUUUUGUACAUUUGUAUUUUAAUAUUAUCAGGUGUAACCUAUCAUCCAAGUGAUGGAUGUUUCCAUGGUGUUAAAAAGGUCAUGAAUGCAUUCGUAAUAAUAUAUUAAUAAUAAAUUAAGAAAAACUAUGACCUAGAUAGGCUAAUGCUACUGCCUAAAAAUUAGGUCUAAUAGUAGGAAGGAUCCCAAGCUAGCUACAAAAACAACAAUAACUAUGCACAGAUGGUUUUGAACAACUUCAAAUUUUUAAUGUUUUCACAGUGAUAGGGCCUUCAGUUGUCACUUGUCAUAGUACCUAGGCACCUUAGUAUUCUCACAUUGUAUUGCAGAGGUUUUAAAUACAGCAGAAUACUAAUUUUCUUUUUUCCCCUAAAAAUUGAGGAACUUUGUUUACCGAUCAUAUCAAAGAACUUAAAUAGCAGAAGAAUGAGCUCUACGCGUAUUUUGCAUUAAAAUUGUUGGAACGUCCGCUCUCUCUAGAAUGGAGGAAAUAAUGUGACCAUUUAACGAAGUGGAGAAACUAAGGAAACAAACAAACUCGAGCGGUACCUUUGAUUUAUCUAUUGGUUAUUAACAUAUUCUAUAGCGCCGCCUCUAGGAUGCAGGAAAAUUGCUCCAUGGACGUUUCACUAUAUCGCAAACUGCUCUCACUUCUAUUUAUUAUCUUUGAUCAUAUUCAUGACCAAACACAACCUUUACAUUUAAUGUUGAUAAUAUUAAAUAUAAUUGCAAUAUGUUUUUUAAUAUCAUAGAUUUUUGGGCAUUUUAACCAAAUGAAAAAAUGAAAAUGGAACAAAGUCUAAUUUGUAAAGCGAAAAGUUAUUCAAGGUCAUCAUAAUGACAUAUAAAAAAAUCUGCCUCUCGCUUACUUCAUGGCCAAACCUGCUUUAUAUUUAUUGUUGAAAACAUUAUUAAAAUGAGGGAAAUUUUAUUUUUAAAAAUAUAUAUUUUUGACACAUUUUAACAAAGUUAAUGUAAGUGUUAUAUUUUGUGUCAGUGGCAAAAAAAAUAAUCAAUAUAAACUGUCUCCGAAGAUUGCUCUCUACAUCAUUACCCACCAGUCAUGGAACGUCAAAAUUCUUACAAUGAAAAGAUAGCUUUUUCCUCCAUGCACAAACCCUACGCGAAAACAAAUCACAUCGGGGUGAGUCAUACGAGGCUGAGUAUAAUCAACAAGUUUAGCAAAUAAAAAUUUAUUUUUAAUUUUAUACCUCUACUAGGCCUACAUUGUUAAGGUUUCAUUUUAUCGUUCAGUGGUUGUUGUGGUUGUGAAUUAUUUACAAAACAAAAUGGCUUCUAUCUAAACGAUCAGUAGGCCUAUCACAUAAUAAUUUGUAUACUGUAAAAGUUUUUACGGAGUAAUUAAAUCCUACUGCAUGAGUACAGCA